AAGAGACUUGUAGAUCAGAUUGGAUCAGAGAAGAGUUCGCUGGUGUUGAAAUGCCACUCUAUUGAAGAUUAGAUGAAGUUGCUCAACAAGCAACUGGAAGAUAGUGAGAAAUAUAAAUCUGAAUAUCUGAAGCAUUAUGAUGAUGCUAUCAAUGACAAGAAGAACCUGGCUGAAGAAUAGACUAGCUGAAUAAAUAAUCUGCAAGGUGAUAACAGUUCACCGAAGGAGAGAUGUUUUAGUUUAAUGAAAGCCCCGGAUUCUGCCAAGUAAGAAUUAUUAGACUGGAGAAGAGGAUAUGAUCAGGUGUUGUCAAAAGAGAGAGCAAACGGGGAUCAGGUCUUUUCAGAAUUUGAAGUUCUCAAGUCCAGGAGCAGUGCUGCUAAAGCAAGGCUGGCUGCUGCCAAGGAACAAACUCAGUCUGCUCAAAAGGAGGCAGAGGUGUGGAAAAGGAAGUAUGAUUAUGCAGUUAGUGGUGCAAAAGGUGCUUUAGAGAAGGCAGCAACUGUGCAACAGCGUCAAAGUAAGGGCACUCAGCUGAGAGAAGAUGCUCUGAGGAAGGAGUUUGCCAACACAUUGGCUGAUAAGGAAGAGGAAAUAAAGGACAUAUCAGCAAGGAUUGAGUAUGCAGAGCAGUGUUUGACAACUCUAAAACUAGAGUUGAAGGCUGCUGAGUCAAAAAUGAAGAGCCAUGAUAUUGACAUAUCAGCGCCGAAGCUUGAAAUCAGAGAGUUGGCUGAGAAGUUAGAACAUGCUGAUGAGAAGGCCCUGUGUGUGAAUUUGUCUGUGUUUGUGUCUCUGCACAUGUGGACGCAUUUCUGUGCAUGCGGUUUGGUAAAGGAAUGGUUAUAUGAUGAUUUCUAUUUCCAGAAAAAAAUGUAUAAUGAUUUCCUAUGAUGAUUAUAAGUCUGAAUGGCUUUAAAGGCUGUUGUUCUAUCCUGCAUUAAAAUGCAUUCACAUAUUAUAGGACAAGUGCAUGUAUGAAUAGUCAUGUUGGACUAUGGCAAGUACUUUGCAGGCUGCUGAGUCAAAAAUGAAGAGCUAUGAUACUAAGAUAUCAGUGCUGAAGAUUGAAAUCAGAAAGUUGGCUGAGAAGUUAGAACAUGCUAUUGGGAAGGCCCAGUCAAUUGGGAAAGACGCAAAGAUACUGGAACAGGAGAGGAUCCAUUUGGAGCAGAAGUACCUAUCUGAGAUCAGAAGGUUUGAGGAACUAGAGGAAAGAUGCAAACAAGCUGAGAAAGAAGUGAAGAAAGCAACUGAAUUGGCUGAUAAAGCACAAGCAGAGUCGGUUAUAACUCAGAAAGAAAAGAGUGAGGUGCAAAGGUUAGCAAUGGAAAAGAUUUGCUCAAAUUGAGAGGGCUGAGAGGCAAAUUGAGAACUUGGACAGACAGAAAACAGACUUGGGGGAUGAAGCACACAGACUUCUAUUAGAAAUGGAAGCGGUUUCUAAAGCGGCAUUACUUGCGGCCAGAGUUGAAGGGAGGGCAAAAGAAAUAGGGUCAGUAUUGAAGAAUAACAAUGAACAGAGAGCUAGUACAGUUAAAGCCCUUCUGGAUCUUUUGGAAUCUGAACGUGCAGCCCAUGAUGCAAAUGACAGGGCUGAAGCCUUAUCACUUCAACUACAAGCAGCACAGGCAAAACUUGACGCACUCUAGCAAGAGUUGAUAUCAGUUCGUAUAAAUGAAACAGCUUUAGACAGUAAGCUCAAGGUUGCGUCACAUGGGAAAUGUUCAAGAACAGAUGAUACAGACAUGGAGGCAAAUGACAGAGUUUUAGGAGUAAAUAAAAAAGUCUAGAAGCACAAUUAGCCCUCUUGUCUACACACAGCCAGAAGAUGGUGGGUCAGUGUUUAAAGGUGAUGGGGAUAACCAGAGUCAGCUGAAUGGUCAGGAGGAUCAUACAAAAUUCACUGUCCAGAAACUAAAGCAGGAACUCACAAAACAUAAUUUUGGUGCAGAGCUGCUUGCACUAAGGAAUCCCAAUAAAAAGGAAAUCCUUGCCCUUCUUGAGAAAUGUAUCCUCCAGAAGUCGUAACGGUUUUCUUAAACAACUUGUAUAGGGAAGGUGUUUGUCAUCUAGUCUACUAGGAGUUUAGUUGAUAGGUUUAUGGGACUAGGAGAAGUUUAGUUCUUUCUGGGGUUAGAAAGUUCGAAAGAUUCUGGUCGUGACCAGUGAUUUGUUUGCAAGACUCGAAGGCCUGGAAGCUUCCUGAUGCUGCCUUCCACUGACAAUGAAAUUCUUAGGUUAAGAUUUUUGUGUACAAGAUUCCUUCUUUCUUGUGUGAGAACGUUUCUAUGAAUUUGGCCUUGGCAGGCUUGGUAUGGCGUUGAUUUUUAGGGUUUGUUCGG